AUGAGCGCACCUCAAUUUGGCAAGCCAAUGCUCAAGCAUUGGAUGUUCAAUCCAGACUACAAAAACCUCAAUCAUGGAUCAUUCGGUGCUCAUCCAAUCCCAGUCCGAGAUGCACAGCGUGCCUACAUGGAUCUCGCCGACCAACAACCAGACCCCUACAUCCGUCGCCAUCAUUCCGAGCACCUAACCAAAGCCCGCGAAGCCGUCGCCAAGCUUCUCAACGCCCAGCGGAGCGAGUGCGUCUUUGUCAAGAAUGCAACAACAGGUGUUGCAACAGUGCUAUACAAUCUUGCCUUCCAGCCUGGAGAAGCACUUAUCUAUUUUGAACCUGUGUACGGCGCUGUUGAGAAAGGCGUCGUCUCCUUGCAGGAGCAUAGUCCUUUACAGGCGCGAAAGGUCUCUUUCCAAUUCCCUAUUACGGAGGAUGAGCUGGAGCGGCGGUUCCGGGAGGUUAUUCGUCGGACGAGGGAUGAGGGCCUUAAGGUCCGGGCUAGUGUUUUUGAUGGCAUUGUCAGUAACCCUGGUGUGCGAUUCCCAUUUGAGCGGAUUACUGCUGUUUGUCGGGAAGAGGGGAUUCUGAGUGUCAUUGAUGCUGCUCAUGGUAUCGGGCAGAUUCAUCUUGAUAUGCAGGAGUUGCAGCCUGAUUUCUUCGUUUCGAAUUGUCACAAAUGGCUCUAUACACCACGCAGCUGUGCAGUUCUAUACACACCACACCGCAACCAGCAUUAUCUCCGCACCACAUUACCAACAUCAUGGGGAUUCAUCCCAAACCCAGACUCACCCGAGACAAUCGCAUCAGUUCUAUCCGACCCGAACUCCCCGACCACAAAAACACCCUAUGAAACCCUCUUCGAAUUCGUCGCAACCAGCGAUGACUCCGCCUACAUCUGCGUCCCUGCCGCGCUAGAAUUCCGCGAAAAAGUCUGCGGUGGCGAAAAGGCACUCAUGGAAUAUUGCCAGCGUCUCGCGAAUGAAGCCGCAGAUGCAGUGGCUGAAAUUCUGGGUACGGAGGUUAUGCAAGAGCCUGGUUUGAAUGGGCAGGAGAGUAAUCUGCGCAGGUGUGCUAUGACGAAUGUUCGAUUGCCUAUUGCUGUUGCUACGGAUGGGUCUUUGGGUGACUCAACUGUGUUGUCUAAGGAUGAGGCUCCUAAUGCGUUUGCUUGGAUUCAAAGCAAGCUUAUUGAGGAGUUCAAUACUUUCUUGCCGGUGUUUCAGCAUGGGCCUUGGCUUUGGACUCGGUUGAGUGGUCAGACUUAUUUGGAGAAAAGUGAUUUCGAGGCUGUUGGUCAUGUCCUGCUUGGACUUUGUGAGCGGGUUGCUAAGAAAGAGUUUAAAGCGUGA